AGGAAGCCGGGUAGGCUGGGGGACGAGGAUGCGCUCUCCAUUGGCUGCUGCGCGCGCUCGUCCCGCCCGCUCGCCGACCAUUCAAUAAACUUUCUCCCGGCUGCAGCUGCCUUGGUCGGGCAAAACAGCUGCAGCGACGCGCAGGUUGCGGGCUGCGAGAGGGAGAGCGCCAAGGGGCUCCUGGAUGGGCGUGUGCGUAAAAAGGGCUGGAGAGGAACGCUGCUGCUGCUGCUGCUGCUGCUGCUGCUGCUGCUGCUGCUGCUGAGGCAGGGAGAAUGGUGAGGGUUAGGAGGAGGAAGAUGGCACCGCUGCCGCCGCCUCCAGCUGCCCUUUGAGCUCUCCGGAGGGAGGAAGGAGACCUCGGCUCCACGCUCCUUCGACGGGCCGCCUCUGUCCCCGGGGAGAACCCAACGCCAGGUGUCUAUGGAUGUGCAGCGGAAGAAGAAAUGGACCAACCUCACCAUUGGCCUCCUUUUCCUGUCGGGAGGGAUUGAGUACGGUGAGAUUCCCUGGGCAUGGGAUGGGGGGGGGGAGUGUUUAGACCCUGGAUACAGACUUGACAAUUUUAUAUACUUCAUCACACACACGCCCCUACACACGUACAUAUACAGUGGUACCUCGGGUUACAGACGCUUCAGGUUACAGAUGCUUCAGGUUACAGACUCCGCUCACCCAGGAAUAGUACCUCGGGUUAAGAAUUUGCUAAAGGAUGAGAACAGAAAUUGCACACUGGGGGCGCGGCGGCAGCGGGAGGCCCCAUUAGCUAAAGUGGGACCUCAGGUUAAGAACAGUUUCAGGUUAAGAACAGACCUUCAGAGCGAAUUAAGUUCUUAACCAGAGGUACCACUGUAUAUGCGGUUUUUGCUGAUGCUCGUCUCAACAUGCUGGUGUUGUUUUUGUGUUUAUUAUUAGAUUUGAUACCCCACAAUUUUAUAUAUAGCUUGAUCCCUCUGUCCCCCCCCUCACACGCAUGCACAUAUCUACACACGCCAGGGGUGCCAACUUGAAUAAAAUAUGGGGGGGGGCAGGUAAGCCCGCCCCAUGUAAUCUGUCCCAGGAUGCGGCACACACACACACACACACACACACACACACACCAUUUGAAUGGCAAUGCCCAUCCCAUCAACAUGGGGGACACCCCCCUCAAAUAUUUUACUGGGGGGGUGUCAAAGGGACCUCAGCUCUUAUGAGUUGGUUCCUAUGACACACACACACACCGUUUUAGUUGAAGCUGGUCUCAUCAUGCUGGUGUUUAUUAUUAUUUUUACUACGGCUUUACAGCCCUGGUACCCAGGUCUCCAGUCCAAAAAGGCUCCAGGAGUGACUUGCAUUUGAGCAAAACAAAACAGUGCCUGCUCUGGUGCUUAUAAGCUAAAGACACACACAGCACAAAGGGGAAAGGGAGGCUGCUUUGCACUAUUUGGCCAAGAGGUCCUCCAGAAAGGGCUCCCUUGAUGCUGAAGUAGCACACUCUGCCCCUAGGAAGCUCAGGUUUUAAGGGGAGGAGCUUGAUGGUGGAGGAAGUCCAGUUUGCUUGGACCCUCCCUGGCUUGAUCCUCUGAUCCAGGGGUCAGCAAAUUUUUUCAGCUGGGGGCCGGUCCACUGUCCCUCAGACCUUGUAGGGGCUGUACUAUAUAUUAUUUUUUUGGGGGGGGGAAUAACACAUUCCUAUGCCCCACAAAUAACCCAGAGAUGCAUUUUAAAUAAAAGGACACAUUCUACUCAUGUCAAAACAUGCUGAUUCCUGGACCCUCUGCGGGUCGGAUUUAGAAGGCCGGAUCCAGCCCCAGCUUUAGGUUGCCUCCCCAUGCUCUGAUCUAAUGCAGAUUUCGUAGAGAGAUUCUCAUCUUUAUUGCAUGUUCCAGAAGUGCAUAUUGAGUCUUUUGAGGUUUUUGUGCCUCUGCCAGUUGUUCAGCAUGCCUGCCUUGACAAGAUCCUGGCCUGUAGAUAAUCAAAUGAAUUGCGUGGUUAAGUUUGAGAAGGUGCAGUUCUUUAGCCCUGAACUUUCCACACACACCUGCUUUGCUUCCUGCUUCUGCCAUUCCCAGAUAGGUGGGAGGAAGUAAGAAGUAGUUUGCCGUGCCCAUCACUUAGAAUCUUAGAGUUGGAAGAGACCCGAGGGUCAUCUAGUCCAACCCCCUGCAAUGCAGGGAUCUCAGCUAAAGCAUCCAUGACAGAUGGCCAUCCAACCUCUGCUUAAAAACCUCCAAGGAAGGAGAGUCCACCUCCUCCCGGGGGAGACCGUUCCACUAUCCAACAGCUCUUACUGUCAGAAAGUUCUUCCUGGUGUUUAUUUGGAAUAAUCUUUUUUGUAACUUGAAUCCAUUGGAUUAAGUCCUGCGCUCUAGAACAGCAGAAAGCAAGCUUGCACGCUCUUCCAUGUGUGAGCCCUCCAGAUAUUUGAAGAUGGCUGUUGCAUUUCUUCUCAGUCUCCUCUUUUCCAAGUUGAACAUACUCAACUCUCACUUCUCACCACUUUCAACCUGUGCAGUUGGUUUUCUCCGGCGGAGUCUAGAAUGCUGUGCCUUGUGAAUUUGUUUUCCAGUUGCAAAUGGUUUUCUCCCAGGAAACUAGUAUCUGCAUCCUAACCUUUGACUUCUAGAAGCUUGCCAAUUGUCCUUGGAUAGGUUGGCUGUUUGGGUUGCUGUUCCUCUGCUCUGUGAAUGAGAUGAGGUUAGCAGGCCAUACUCCAGAGUAAGGACAUAAUAGGCUUGGGCUGCAAUAUGAAAAUGUUUUCGGGUUAAGAUGCUGGAGUAAGCAUGAUUGGAGUCAGAGGGGGUAGGCAAUAGGGACCACAGGUGCCAUCAGCCUCAGACAGCAUUGCCAAGGUCAGGGGUGAUGCCCGUGUUGCUGGACUACAGCUCCCUAGUCCUCACAUUGGCUCACCCUUGAAUGUGAGAUUCUUUCCACUGUUCUCAAGGAGCUGGAAGCAGCAGCCUUGCAGAAACUGAACAGGCCUGCCUGGGUCUUUGUCAGUGCCAGGAUGGAAGAAAUUCUGAAAGCCCUCACGGAAGAAAGCCAAGAGACAAAUGUACAAAAUCAAUAAUAGUUGCAGGACACUUGGAAGGAUAAAGCUUAGAAAAACGUGACUAAAGGAGGAUGUGAUAAAGAUCCCUAAAAUUAGGCAUAGUGUGGAUAAAGUGGACAGAGGGGAGGUUUUUCUCCCACUCUUGUAAUACUUGAUCUUGAUGUUAAGAAAAGGGAACCCAAAAUGAUCAAGGGGAUGCAACAAUUUCCCUAUGAGGAAAAGUUGCAACCUUGGAGGAUUUAAAAUUUAGAGAAUAGGUGGAUGUUUCAUUUAGAGAAAAGGUGAGACGAGACAUGACUGUGAGUUGUACAAAAUUAUGCCUGGAGAAAGUGGAGAUAAACAUGUUCUUCAUUAUUAAAAGCUUUCUGAGCUGCUUUUUCCAUCACGUUGCCAUACAUCCAGGUUUUCCUUGACUUUUUGCCAGUUCGGCAAAACCUCCCCUCGACGCCAUUUUUACACCCAAAAACCAGCACAGCAGGAAUUUUCCUGACGUAUGGCAAGCAAGGGAGGAGCUGCUGUGCUCAUGAGGCCUGACACUCCACCCAGUCUGUGCAGAUCAGUUUCUUGCUAACAAAUAACUCCAGCUUGCACGGUGUCACUCCUGAUAUUAAUGACUCCUAGUUACCAUGAUGUAUUCAGGAGCAGAGGCAGCCUGCCACGUUGAAAGGUGUUGGUUGGGGAGCAAUAAUGGCAGAGGACUGUUGCCUUCAAGCCUUGCUUGCCACUGUGGGCAGCAGGAUGGGUGAACCAGUUGGACCUGUGGCCUGACCCAGCAGAGCUCUGGUUUUGCAUAAGAAUACGGGAAGCUGCCUUGUAUGAUGUCAGGCCGUUGGCCCAUCUAGUUCCAUCUUGUCUGCACUGGCUGGCAGUGAAACUCCAGGGUUCCAGGAAUUGAAUCUUUCCCAGCCAUACAGGCAGCCCUGUUCAGGGAAAUUUUUAAUGUGUGACAUUUUAAUGUAUUUUUAAUCUUUGUUGGAAGCCACCCAGAGUGGCUGGGGAAACCCAGCCAGAUGGGCAGGGUACAAAUAAUAGAUUAUUAUUAUUAUUGUUAUUAUUAUUAUUAUACUUGGAAAUGCCAGUAGGGAUUGAACCUGCCUUGCGUUCUUCUUGCAGCAAAUGCUGUGCUGCUUGCGUGUUCUUUGAUUAAGUGUGGGAAUCAGAUGUCACAAUACAACCAAUAGGUUGCUUCACGGGGUUUUGAGAGUUAAAAAAAAAGAGAAGCACAUGUUGUAACAGUGAGCAUAACAUAACACACAACAGUACAAACAACCAAAUAAAAGACUUCCUUUAUCCUGUAUCUGGCCUCCUUAUUUACUUCUUAUAAACUAUUUCCUUUAUGAAUAAUUAUUAAGAUUUUUCUAAUUAAAACUUACGUAAAUGUCCACAAAGUCUCCUGCAGACAUUAAUUGAAACAAGUCCAGGUAUGUAUUUUAGGGCACCCCUUUGUGAAGUGUUUUGUAAACUGGAAAAAGGAAACUAUGCCAGCAAAAAAGGAAUGGCAAGAUAAACUGUUAAGAGUAUAUUGAACUGGCUAGAUUAACAGAGGCAAUUUGAGAUCACACUAGACAAGAGUUUCAGAAAGCAUGGGGGAAAUGCAGAGACCACGGGACAACUCUCAUGGCAAUGACCUGGAGCCAACUCCUAGGGGCUGAGGGGUCUUUGGCCCUCCCCAUAAAAUAUUUGAGGGGGCUGCCCCCCAAAAACAGAUGGGCAUUGCUAAACAAAUGAUGUGCAUGUAGCGUGUCAUGUGAUCGAUUGUGUGGGAUGGGGCUUGUCCCUUCCCCAAAAUUGUAUUCAAGACCCCUGCUCUCAUAACUAUAAAGCCUUAAACCUUAUAAACCCUUAAAUGGCUCAGAACCGCAAUGCCUCAAUGAGGACCUCUUUCCAUAUGAACCUACCCAGACCUUGAGAUCAUCAUCUGAGUCCCUUCUUUGUGUGCCUCCUCCACAAGAAGUCUGGGGUGCGGCAACACGAGAACGGGGCCUUCUCUGCAGUGCCUCCCAGUUUGUGGAACGCUCUCUUCAGGGAGACUCGCCUGGUGACUUCAUUAUACACCUUUCGGUGACCAGCAAAAAGGUUCCUCUUUAACCAGGCCUUUGGCUGACUGACAUCCGAUGUCCUUUUAAAAUGUGUUGGGGGUGAUUGGGUUGUUUUGGUAUUUACUUUUAUUAUGUAUUUUGUGUUUUUAUGUUGUAACUGCCCUGUGACCCGCGGGUAUGCAAAUUUAAAUAGCAAUAGUAUUAAUCAUAAUAUUUUCUGGAAGCCGCUUCUGAUGGAUGCUCUUUUUGAUACUUUCUAUUUACUGGAGUUUAUUUUUUCGCCUCUCCGCAGCUGUGAUCCUGCCCACCCUCUGGGCUUACCUGCAAACUCUCAAUGCUGAGCCCUACUUCCUGGGCCUGGGCAUCUCUGCCUUUAGCUUUGCCGGGCUGAUCACAGGCCCGCUGUUUGGAUAUUGGUCUGACCGUACCCAUAAAACCAAGGCCAUCAUCCUCUUCGCCAACUUGUUUCAGAUAGCAGGUAAGUGGGGGCUGCAUUGAGAGUGGUGGUGGCAGGGGCAGUGGUUGUGUUUGGGGUCAAAGCAUGCAGAUGAGACUCCAGUCCCCCACGGUAAAGGUAAAGUGACCCCUGACCAUUAGGUCCAGUCGUGCCCGACUCUGGGGUUGUGGCGCUCAUCUCGCUUUAUUGGCCGAGGGAGCCAGCGUACAGCUUCUGAUCAUGUGGCCAGCAUGACUAAACCACUUCUGGCCAACCAGAGCAGCGCACGGAAAUGCCGUUUACCUUCCCGCCGGAGCGGUACCUAUUUAUCUACUUGCACUUUGAUGUGCUUUCGAACUGCUAGGUUGGCAGGAGCAGGGACCGAGCAACGGGAGCUCACCCCGUCGCGGGGAUUUGAACUGCUGACCUUCUGAUCGGCAAGUCCUAGGCUCUGUGGUUUAACCCACAGCGCCACCCGCCUCCCUUUUCCCCCACGGUAGGUGGAAGCUAAACUUUGCUGGAAACCACAGGAGAGGAGAGGGCUCUUGUGCUUGGUUCUUGCUUGUGGGUUUCCCAUAGGCAUCUGGUUGGCCACUGUGAGAACAGGAUCCUGGAUGGGCCAUGGGCCUGAUCCAGCAGGCUCGUCUUAUGUUAAGGGAUUUAAAAUGUCAGAUCUCUUCCAGGCGACUUGCCAAGUGAUGGUUGCAUCUUGCACUUUCCAGCUCAUUUUCCCCAUCACUUUCCUUACAGCAAAAAGUAAGGAAAGUGGGGGAAGUGGGUUUGUUGCACAAGAGCGCAAAGUCCACCCUAACCACGCAAGCUGAAUCGACCAGAAAAAGGGCGUGUAGACUUGAAUUGUGCCCUGCUUUCUAGUGGAUUGCUAUACUGGGGAGAAAGUUGCUUUUUCUAGAGCAAGAUGAUUCAUUUAGCCUGGUUUCCUCUGCAACUCAUGCUUGUCUUUCCUGUGUCUUCCGCUUCCAGGGAACUUCAUGUACUUUGUCGGUGGUUCCAAAUGGAUGCUUCUGAGUGGUCGGCUGGUGGCAGGUAAGUGAUAGAGUGGAGGGUGUAUUUAUGUUUGCACAUGUGAGAUUUUUUUGAAUAAUAGUUGCAUUUGGGUGGUGGGUCUUGGAGAAAAACACUGCGUUUCCUCUUUUCUAAAAAUAAAUUGGGGUGUGAAUGUAUUUUUGUUGUUGUUGUCUAAUGGGGAUGGAAAGAGCAUUCCUUCAUUUUUAUCCCCCCCCCCAUUUAAAAUGGAUAUCGCUGGAUUGGAAUUUCGCAUUCCUUGUUUUGCUUUGCUUUUUGCCCCGCCCACUUCCACCUAGAGCCCCGCCCCUGUUGGAAUGCACCCUCCCAAAGGUUUCCUUCACUUGAACCCAGCCUGCAGGCCAAAAGUAGCCCCCCCUCGUGCUUUAGGGAUGGUUUUGUCAUACAUACACAGAUCAUUUUAUCUGUAUGCCUCCUUUCCAUACUUAGAACCAUACUCAGGGUGUCUUCCAACGUGAAGAAAUUUGCAUAAUUACAAAUAUAGUGGUACCUUGGCUGUCGAACGGCUUAGUUGUCGAACAAAUUGGUUCCCGCAUGCCACAAACCCGGAAGUGAUUGUUCCGGUUUGCGAAUGCUGUGCCUUGGUUUUCGAACCAUUUCAGGAGUCGAACACACUCCUGGAACGGAUUGAGUUCGACAACAAAGGUACCACUGUAGGACAAAAGCGGUCAUAAACGAUAAAUGAAACACAUCAAAAAGUACACAACCAAUCUGAUAAUGAUUUACCCACAAGUCAGAAUAAGAUCUAAAAAUAACGAUACAAAAAUUAACAGCCACAACUGGCCCCCACACCCAAACAAAACCCCAGCCUAAGAGUCUGUUCAGCAGCCUUAGUUUUUUUUUGUAGUUGGAGUCAGUCUGGGGCAUGCCUUCCCCAGCCUGGUAGAAAAAGCUCUGCAAGGCAGGGAGCAGGUCUUUCAGGACUUACAGCUAGGAUGGCCUCUGUCCUCUGUCCCCCCUUCCCCCCUCUGACUCUUUGUACUUGGCCCUCCCCUGCAGGUGUGGGCACAGGAGCAGGAGCAUCCAUCUUUGGCUACAUCACCCGAACCACCACGUCCCAGGAGCGCGCCACGGUGUUUGCGGCUGUCAUGGCAUGCAGACAGGUUGGGCUACUCAUCGGUAAGUCUGAUUUCCUCUGCCCUCUAAAAACCUUCAGUAUAUUCCUGUCUGCUAUGGAAAGGGCUGGGUUAACCAUUAAGCAAAAUAAGCACAUUCUUAGGGCACUAAGGGAAGGGGGGGGUGCACCACAGAAAUUUUUCCAUUGCUGGGUUUUUAACAUUGUUGGCUACAAAUGGCUCAGCUGAGCGUUCAUUUUCUCAGUGGAAGUCUAUUAAAAAUCCCAACAGAAGAAAUAUGCAAUGAGGCAGGCUGGGUGCCUUAUCUCUACAAAGUAUAGAAGCAGAUGUGUUAUGUAAUAUUAAUUUUGAGGUUCUGAUCAAUUAGAAAAAGGAGAAUUUUUUUAUUUUUUAUAAAUUUUUAUUCAAUUUUACAUAUAAUUUCCAUAAAUCAUAUAACCUAUGUUCAUAUCCUAUACAAUAUUUUAGAUUUCCACCAACUACAUCUGAAGAUUUUUCAGUCUUUAUCACUUAAUCUGCAUUUCACUAAUUUCGUUUCAUUUCGACAAAUCAAAUUUUGUUCUGUGGUUUAUUAUUAUUAAUACUUUGAAUUAGAUAUGUUUGGGGGUACCAAAGUGCUCAGGUCCUCUAAAGGUUUUCAUCCUGCCCUGGCUAUGCAUUUCUGUUAUUACCAUACCUCCCUGGAUGUUUGUGGGGACUCAGGUGGAAAUCACAGGUAGAGAUCAGUGCAUUUGUGGACCAAUUUUCCAAUCAAGACCAUUUGUUUAGUCUGCAGUUGCCACGGAGAAGAUGGAACACGUGGAGGAUGUGACGAUCAAGGGUUAAUGUCUACAGUGGCGGAUCUCUGCCUCUGCUGUCAGGGGCAGCAUGUCUCUGAAUCCUAGUUGCGGGAAUUCACAUGUGCGGAGAGUUCUCUUGCUCUCAGGUCCUGUUUGUGCACUUCUCAUCGGCAUGUGGCCGGCCACGGGGAGAGCAGGAUGCUGGGACAGAGAAUUAUUUAACCUGACCCAGCAGGUCUCUUCUGAUGCUCUGAGGAACAAGAACAUGCAGAUUAACUGCUUCGUAUGGCAUAACGUGCUUGCUUUGUUUCAUAUGGAGCAAGCGGGAGGCAUAAUCCUCAGCCCUUCCCUGCUUAACCAGGAACAAUUUAUUUAUUAUUGCAAAACAGUGUGGAAGCUUUCAGAGGAACAAACUGGGUGCAGUGCAAUUGUUGCAGUUUGAAAUGCACACACAGAGAAGGAGAAAGGUGUAGGUUUUUUUAAAGGUGCAAUACAAAUGAAGGCUUAUUUGGGCUUGUUUGUAGACCCAGUUCCUUGAUAUCCUGAUGUAGCAAGUGCCUCUGCAUGGAAAAGCAGUGUUUCUUUUCUUUUCAUUUCACUUUUAAUUUUUAUACCGCCUUUCUAUAUUGCUGUACACAAGGCAGCUCACAAACUGAAGAAACAAUAAAGUUUGCACACCUUAUAGCAGAGUGAUCCAGUACAGAAAUGUCAUCGUGAAAAUGUAACAUUAAAAUAAACAAGUUAUAGCAAAUGAACUAAUACUCGGCCAUCCAUUAGAAUAUAAUAGUACACAAUAAAAUUAAAUAUCAGCAAAUAAUAACUAAACAGAAAUGCAUUCUUAACAAUUACAAUCAAUAAUUUCUAAACUAUAAUCUAUAAAAGUAACAGUGCAGAAAAUAACAAUACAAAAUUAAAAGCAAAGACACACAAUGUCUAAAAAUAAUUUUUUAAAAAUAAGAAUAAUCCCCGAACUCUCUUCAUCUCUUCCCAGCUGCUUCUGCUGUUCCUAAGUCAUGGUCUGGGAAAGGCUGCUAGGGCUGGAGGGUUGGGCAAAGCAGGUGGGAAAAGCCAUUUUCUGGUGGCUAGCACAAAGUCUCUUUCUCCCAGUAUGUGCCUCAGCCUUGCAGAUUAGCAGAUAAAAGUUUCCAACCUUCUAAAAGGGAGUUGUGUUUCUGAUCUGGCUUCAGAGGAGAGGAGGAGCCCCUCUUCCACAGCCAGAAGUGUAAAAGAACAUACACAGACCCUGCUUGGUCAGUGCAAUUUGGACUUGUUUGUAGUGGUCAGUCCCAGCCACCAUCCUGGUCUCACAGUGGCCGGCCAAAUGUCCAUCGGCAACCUGCGCCUCUGCUUGAAAGGAUUGCUGCUACUGAGAAUUGUGUGAGAGUGGGUGGGCGGGUCAUGCCGCAACAAGCUGAACAUGGAAGUUGCAGCCUGCGUGGCUCAGUUGGUUAGCGCAUGGUGCAGAUAAUGCCAAAAUUGCAGGUUCGGUUCCUGUAUGAGACAACGGCAUAUUCCUGCCUUGCAGGGUUUUGCACUAGGGUCCUUUCCGACUCUACAGUUCUAAGAUUCUAAGCUUUUGUACGUUGCUGCCAUGCUGCUUUCAGACACCUGACUUGCCACUUUUGCCCCCCAGGGCCAGCUUGUAACCUGUUCCUGCGCCUCUGUAACUUCCAGGUGGGGCCCUUCGUGGUCGACAAGUUCACAUCGCCUGGGGUGAGUAGAAGCACUUUGUUAGCAACUAUGUAUAAUCCAGCCUGGUGCAUUUGAUCCCAUGGGUGAGGCAAGCUCCUCUCCACAAUGGUGCAAGGCCUGGCCCAUGGAUGAGGCAGGAUGAGGCUCCCGUCUUGAGCGGCAGGAGCCCGAGGGGUGGUGCCCACCUUGCCUUCGCCGCCUGCCCAUUCCAGCAGCACUGGCUUCCAGUGGGAUCUCACGAAAUGCCUGAGAUCUUGCAAAGGAAACCUCACUGAAAGUUGGCACUGCUGCCAGCACUUUGCGGGCAACCGCUGUGCAAUGCUGGUAGCAGCGGGGGCUUUGCACAUUUCUCCUCAAGCGACAAAACAGGAUGCGCCGCCCCUGCACAUGGCUGUUUGGCAGAUUGGGCAGGAUGGGCAAUGCCUUUUCAAAUUGCAGGUAGGGUGGAAAAGGAAGACAUCCCUGUGAUUGGAAAAUCAAGCGAAUCAGCUAAAGGACUGGGCUGGAACCGUUGUCCCUGGCACACUAGACUUCUACGUGCAGGGCGUUCUCCUGUGUGGGGGAUCAUUUAAUUGUAUCAGAAUAGUCCCAGAGUAGUGCAGUUCCUAUCACUUUAUGUCAGCAGCUCGUCCUACACUCGAGUAGGACCCUGGCAGAAACACACACCCGAUUGGCAUGUUCUCUCCCUCCUGGUCUUUCAUUUGGGAGCUUCAUAAGCUUUUUUCCAUCCGAACAUCACAGCCAACAGACAUCGGCACACGUAGAGUUUCCGCAUCAUGCGCGUGACAGACCUCAGCAACUCAGCAUUUUGGCUAAUCUACUUUAUUUACAUAUAAACACAUACGGAGCAUUGCAACAUGGCUCCCCCUCUCUCUCUAGCAUCAGACAGCAAGGGGAAAAAAACCAAAGGACAACAGUCCCACUUCACGGAGCACAGUAACACAAACAUCCAGUCUCCCUCACUUCCCACUCUGUGGAGUCAAAACAUACACCGUCAUGUGAAAGACAAAAAUCCCAUGACUGCAGUCAUGGAGCAGGAAUUCUAACACUUUAUUCCUGCCUAAUUCUGGUGCAAAUACACCCAGUCUAACUUUGGGAGGAGUUAUUUGUCUUUGUAAGAGGCUGGAGGAAAGUCAGAAUGGUUAUGCUCUGACUCUGUGGCUGGAAAACACUGGAGGGGAAGAAUCAGCCACCUGCCCCCAACUAUUCAACUUUUUAAUUAUUAUUUCAUUCAGUGUGUGACAAGGCUGGCAGAGCAUUGCGAGAAUUCAACAAAAGAGAAAAAGAAAAGCAUUUGAGCCCGGUCAGGUGUCAAGUAAAGAGAUGAAAGAUAAAGGGGGAAAAAAUCAGAGCUUGUGUAAAAGAGGCAAAGUGGCAGUAUUCCAACAUAAGACAGAAAUAGGGGAUCAAAGACUCAUAUAAUCAAAACCAGCACUAGAUGAAAUCAUAUUUGGAUGGAAUGUGCCGACUGUGUCAUUAAAUAAGGUGCAAAAAUAAUCGCCAGGCAGCUGCAAAGUCCCAACAGAUCCGCUUCCUCUCUGAGAAUCCAGACUUAGUGAGUGCAUUUAUUCGGAUGCGGCUAUAAAUAAGGCUUUUAAAACCCCAGUUUGUAAUAGACUUCGUGGAAGUGUCCUUCUAGUCUUGAGCUGUUAGCAAACGAGUUAUCAGUAUCUUUUCUCCUUAAUAUUGUUCUAGCUGGAAGUUUGCAAAAUUAUAUGUGGCAUAGAGAAAGAGGAUACUGAGAUGUUUUUCUUCCUCUCUCCUAACACUAGAACUGGGGUAGCCGUGUUGGUCUGACGCAGUCAAAAUAAAUAAUAAAAAUAAAAAAUUGUAAAAAAUAAUAAUCCAUUUUUAAUUUAUUUAUUUUUACUAGAACUGGGGGACAUUCAAAGAAGCUGAAUGUGGGAAGUUUCAGGGCAGAUCAAUGAAAUUGUUCUUCAUGCAGCGCAUUGCUAAAACUAUGGCACUCGGUCCUGCAGGAGGCAGUGAUUACCAUCAACUUUGAUGGCUUUAAGAGAGGAUUAGAGAAAUUCAUGGAGGCAGAGAAGGCUAUCGAUGGCUCCUAGCCACAAUGGCUCUGCUCUGCUUCCACAGCUGGAGGAGCCAUGCUUCUGAAGUAUCCCAGUUGCUGGAAACCUCAGGAGAGGAGAGUGUUCUUGUGCUCAAAUCCUGCUCACUGGUUUCCCCCAAGCAUCAGGUUGGCCGCUGUGAGAACAGGAUGCUGGACUAGAUGGGCCAUUGGCCUGAUCCAGCAAGCAGGCUGGCUGUAAGUCCCUGUGUCCUUUUAAAAAUAUAUAUAUUCUUUAUUUUAAAAGGGUGGAUCCAGACACGGGGGGGGGGGGGGAUGCUAUAAAUAAGUCAGGAACUAGAUUGUUAUAACAAAAGAAAAAAAAUCUCUAUGGAAAAUCGUGUUUUAAAAUUUCCUGCUCUCUGGCGCCAUCUGGUGUUGCAUGUUUAUAGCACAUUCAAAUCGCUGUUUUUUUUACUAAAGCAGCUGAGUCCAUAGAAAGUAUAGCUACAAAUAGUACCCAUGCAGAAAAAACAAAACAGAAAAAAGAUACUGUGUACAUUACAAAAAAAGGGGGGGGCGACUUGUUGUUGUAGCAAACCACCCUGUGAUCCUCCGAUGAAGGGUAGCACAUAAAUUUAACAAAUAAAUAAAUGACGGUUCAGGGCGAUGCACUCAUGCUCAGGCUUUUCUUUCCUCCAUUCCUUCAGAUCUUCAUGUGCAUGGUGUGGCUGCUUCUGCAGAUCAUUGUUGCGACGCUGUACUACGACCUGCCGCCGCCGCCGUUGGGGCACUCCUCAAAGGCCCCAGCGGCGGCUGAGCGGGACACUGUGGAAGAGGAGGAGGAAAAGCCUCUUGUGCAACACGAGGAGGCAGCGGAGAGCAGCAGCUACGGCAGCACCUCCGCGGAGCGUCGGGAAGCUGUUUCAGGUGACGAGGUUCGGUAUGUGCCCAAUGGGCACUUGGCUGAUGAAGAAGCCUCUUUGGAGAAGACUCCCGCCUAUAAUUUCAGCUCCAUGACAGGUGAGCUCUCUUCCGUGGUGGGUAUGGGGCCAUCAAAGACAGGGGACCACAUUCCCUUCCAGGCAGACUUGCAGGGGCCACAUGGCAGUGGUGGGCGGGGCCAGAGGCAAAAGUGGGAGGAGCAGUGGGUGGGGCUUUUACCUUUCUGCAGUAGACUAGCGUCUACCCACCUCUCUCUGCCCUCACUGCAGGUGUUAGUAAUAAUAAUAAAAUUUAUUUGUACCUCACUCAUCUGACUGGGUUUUCCCAGCCACUCUGGGUGGCUUCCAGUAUAUUUGUUGUUGUUGUUGUUUAGUCAUUUAGUUGUGUCCGACUCUUCAUGACCCCAUGGACCAGAGCAUGCCAGGCACUCCUGUCUUCCACUGCCUCCCGCAGUUUGGUCAGACUCAUGCUGGUAGCUUCGAGAACACUGUCCCACCAUCUUGUCCUCUGUCAUCCCCUUCUCCUUGUGCCCUCCAUCUUUUCCAACUUCAGGGUCUUUUCCAGGGAGUCUUCUCUUCUCAUGAGGUGGCCAGAGUAUUGGAGCCUCAGCUUCAGGAUCUGUCCUUCCAGUGAGCACUCAGGGCUGAUUUCCUUCAGAAUGGAGAGGUUUGAUCUUCUUGCAGUCCAUGGGACUCUCAAGAGUCUCCUCCAGCACCAUAAUUCAAAAGCAUCAAUUCUUCGGCAAUCAGCCUUCUUGAUGGUCCAGCUCUCACUUCCAUACAUCACUACUGGGAAAACCGUAGCUUUAAUUAUACGGACCUUUGUUGGCAAGGUUCCAGCAUAUAUGAAAACAUAAUAAAUAAUAAAUCAUUAAAGAUUAAAAAGCAAGACACACGGCUUGGGGGAGAGCCGUGGGGGCCAGGUCUAUGGCCACAUCUGAUCCCUGGGCCCGAAGUUCUCCAUCUCUGAUCCAAAGCUUGCCCUACAAGAAGGCACAUGGAGAAGACUAGAGCUGAGCCUCCCUUUUCUGGUCUGCAAGUUCAGAAAGUUGGCAUGUUGGAGGAUGCUGCCUCAACUUUUUCCCCUGUCACCACCUCAUAAAACAAGCCAAUCAAUUUCCAAAUGUUCUGGUGGGGACAUAGUAGCUCUCGUGGCAGAAGAGGGCCUUGAGAACAGAGCGUCUUCCAAGGAAAGGACAAAAUUGGAGGCAGGCAGGGGCAAAGUUAAGGUUAAAGUUAAGUUUCUUAAAAAAAUAAUUUUACAGGUCCUUGUUUCUCAGUUUGAUCCUUUUACCUGGCUUUGUAUGUUUCAUGGUAUUUUAUGCAUUGUGACUUGCCAUUAUUUUUUAUUGAUUACUGCUUAACAAUGCUUUAUUGUUAAGUGUAAACUGUUUAAUUAUUAUUUGCUGAUAUUUAACUUUACUGUUAACUAUUAUAUCCUAAAGGAUGGUUGAAUAUUGUUUCAUUUGAUAUUAGUUGUUUAUUUUAAAGUUAAGUUUUUAUUGUGACUUUUUUGUGUCGGAUCAGAUUGUUGUGAGGUGUGCAAUCUUUGUUGUUUCUUCAGUUUGUGAACCACCUUGUGGUAUAAUAAUAUAAAAAGGCGGUAUACAGAUUAAAAGUGAAAUGAAAUAAUGUCCCGUUCAGCGUUGUUUUGGCUCUUUUGUGCCUCAAUGAGAUUUGUCAUUGCAGAGUACCUGAGGGAAGAGGUGGUGGUUCUGCUGACUGCCCAGUUCAUUACGCUCUUCAAUCAAACCGCCCUAGAGGUAGGUGACAUUUUUGAUGUGUUGCGUGCUCAGGCAAAUCCCAUGCUCGUUGUAUAGAUUGUCCUUCUCCCUUCCUGGCUGGUUCUCACACUACCUAUCCCUUUGGGAAGUGCCAAUUAUUUCUCAAUAUGUCUUUGUUGUUGGUAUUUGUUUCGUUUCCCGCCCUGCACCUCAAGUCCUCCCGGCUGCAUUUGGAGCAAUUUGUAACGCAAAAUUAAAAUCUGUGCCAAGCAAUGAGGUCAAAAGAAUAGGGUGGGUCCUAAUUUAUAGGCGUCAAAGGCCAGAGAGAAGAGGAGCAUCUUCAGCAGAUGACGAAAGCUGUACAGUGAAGAUGUUAGGUACACCUACAGUCACUCAUGGAUGCAUUGUUAAAACUGUGUUUAUGGAAGACAAUCUUACUCGGCUACGAGUGAUUGCCAAAGAAGGGGAGGGGGCGCCACAGCUUAGGAGCUGCCCCAGAAAAAGCCAUCUCCCAGAUCCGCAUUUCCUACGUCUCUUUAGUAGUAGUAGUAGUAGUAGCAGUAGCAGUAGCAGUAGUAGUAAUUUAUUAUUUAUGCCCCAACCAUCUGGCUUGGUUUUCCAGCCACUCUGGGUGGCUCCCAACAGAACAUUAAAAACACGAUAAAAAAAUCAAACAUUAAAAUCUUCCCUAAACAGGGCUGCCUUUAGAUGUCUUCUAAAAGUCAGAUAGUUGUUUAUUUCCUUGACAUCUGCUGGGAGGGUGUUCUACAGGGCGGGCACCACUACCAAUAAGGCCCUGUGCCUGGUUCCCUGUAGCCUCACUUCUCGCAGGGAGGGAACCACCAGAAGGCCCUCAAAGCUGGACCUCAGUGUCUGGGCUGAAUGAUGGAGGUGGAGACGCUCCUUCAGGUAUACUGGGCUGAGGCCGUUUAGUGUGGUGGUGGAACAUAAAGGGGACCAUUGGUUUCCCCUAUGCUCCCGGAUGCUCACGUAUGUUUUCUUCAUCUAGACGAUGGUGACCCCAAUCACCCAGAAGUUCUUGAAUUUUGGGGAGCUGGAGAACAGCAUCAUGUAUUUCCUCUGCGGUGUGGAGGUGAGUGCCAAGACCUAUGGCAAAGAGCCCUCAGACAAGGGACCAAGGUGAGAGUAUCCCUCUGGGUACUUUCUUCCCCCCUCCUUAAAAUGUGACUUUGUCUGACUUCUGUAGAACUGAAAGUUGUUUUUGAGGGGGAUGUCAAUUUCUGUCAUGUGUAUAUUUGUGUGUAAGCGUGAUCCCUGCCCAGUUUCUCCAACUGUUGCCGCUGGUUAAACAGGUUGGGCAGGCUUUUAAACUCUAUGCAAACCGCCCAACCUGUUAACUUUGAGAGAAAAUGUGAUAAGGUUAUUUACCACAAGCCACCCUUUCCAGUCUCGGGGUGGCGAGGGAAGAGGUAUCUAGCCCUGGUUACUCAUCUGGUUAGUGAUACUAGAGAGGGAAGCUAGUAUCUAGUGUCCUAAUCAUUGGAAACUCAGUGUAGCAAAGAGGACAUAUUUUCUCUGUUUGGGGAAAGCUGUUUUGCUUUAAGCCACUUCCUCCAAAAGGACUUUGAAGGGGUCCCCCCCCGUGACAGCUGAAUUUAUUCACCCAUUCAUUAAAUUCAUAUACCACCCCUCAUCAGAAGAUAUCAGGGCAGGUCACAGAAUAAAAUCCAAGAUAAAACACAAGCAAACAAUUAAACCAAAACAACAACAAAAAUAAUUGCUCCCACCCCUUCCCACAGAUAUGUUUAAAAGGCUGUAAGAUAUUAAUCCGCCAAAGGCCUGGUAGAAGAGGAAUGUUUUCACCUGGCACCUAAAAAUACAUACAGUGGUACCUCUGGUUGUGAAUGGGACCUGUUCCGGAAGCCCAUUUGCAACAUGCAAAGAGAGCAACGUGCAGCGGCACGUCUACGCACGCGCGGGUUGCGAUUUGCCACUUCUGCGCAUGCGCGUGACGUCAUUUUGCGCUUCUGUGCAUGUGUGAGUGGCGAAACCCGGAAGUAACCCUUUCUGGUACUUUUGGGUCGCCGUGGGACGUAACCUGAAAGAACGUAACGUGAAGCGGACGUAACAUGAGGUAUGACUGUAAUGAAGGUGCUAGGCGAACCUCCCUGGGGAGAGCAUUCCACAAAUGGGGAGCCACUGCAGAAAAGGCCCCGUUCUCGUAUUGCUGACCUCCAGACCUCUCGUGGAGGAGGCACACAAAGAAGGGCCUCAGAUGAUGAGUACAGAGUCUGGGAUGGUUCAUGUGGGGAGAGGUGGUCCUGCGGUCCUGACUGGUGCUUAUACCUUUGAAGGUGAAUAGGUGCUGGAAGAGCAGCUUCAAAGGAAGGUGCUGUUACUGCUGAUUGACAGGCUGGUUAAGACAACCUCCUUUAACCCCCGGCAAAAUUGGGUCACCUGUCGUCAUUAUGACAUUGCCAAAGUUGGCUACCGGGAGUAAGGUAUUGGGAAUCCAGUCCAUCAGCCAGAUCCAGUUCUUCAUCCCUACUUUCAUAGAUCUCCCACUCCCUGCCAUGAUUCAUUUUCACCAAGUGUCUGAUAAACUGAUAACUAAGGCUUAGCUAUUUUUGUGGGCGGUGUAUGCACCUCUUGACUGCUGUACGUGGGUCUGCCCUUGAAGACAGCUUGACUUUGAAUCCAGGGUUAUAUAAUGCUGGGUUUUGGUUGACAACAAUCCGUUUCCAAGCCAAAUUCAAGAUGCUCAUGGCUGUUUCCUUUUUAAAACAUAUCUUUACAGGAAUUUUUAGUAUGGGGAAAAAUAUUAUGACGCAUAUAGCAACAGGCUAUCAAGAAUUUAAAACCAGGAUAAGUGCAAACUAAGGAAAAAUCACCUGGAAAGAGUAACAGAAAAAUAUAUAAAUGAAAGAAUAAGGAGUGUUUGUUGCUGUAUCGUGUUUUUACUAUUUUUGUUGGGAGCCCACCAGAGUGGCUGGGACAACCCAGUCAGAUGAGUGGCAUAAUAAUAAUAAUAAUAAUCGGAAUUAUGCCAAGCAAAUCAUUAGAUCUAAUACAAUGGAAUAAGGAUUUUCAAUAAGAAAUGUUGCAAUAUGUCAUGGUAAAAAAGUACUGUUCUUUAUUUUAUAUUAAAUGAAUUUUUUAGUUAUUACUUCACUUUAUAAAACAGAACACUUACAACAACGAAGGAAAAUUAAAAGAUUUUUUUAAAAAAAAUAACCUAUAGCAUAGACAUGCCAUAGGAGUUGUUGGACAUGAGUUAAAAUAAUGCAGUCCAAGUAAAGACUAUCAGAUCAUCAACUAUAGUUCUUGAUUUGCCAGGCCUGGGGAUGAAGGUUGUCUUGAAAAUGAUGGUUCUGCUGUAUAUGUUAAACCUUUAAGGUGUACGCAGCCUCCUUCUCGGUACAAAUGCAUAGGAUUGCACCGUUGAUGUCUAGUCAUGUGAGAAGUCUGUGAUGCUCAAAAUGGCCGUCUUCUCUCCCCCUGCCUUCAGGUCAUUGCUGGCUUCUUCCUGGUGCGCUGCCUGAGCACUCGCCUGUCUGACCGCAUCCUCUUGGUCCUUGGCCUGGUCAUCUGCAACAUAGCCUGUGCUUGGUGCCUGUUCUUCCUGGUACGGCCCCGAGGUAACGUUGCUGAGCUCCUGACAAGACGCGGUCAUGGUCCUUCCAUGGUCCUGUUGAUCCUCUUUGGUGAACUGGUAUCCUUGAUCAGCCCCGUGCCUAUGCGAAGCGGAAGCCAGCUCUGCCAGAAUUCCCAGUUCCCAUGCAGCAGUUGGGAAAUGCUGCAGCUGGAAUGAACCGGGAGAGCAAUAAGAAGUGGUUCCAGAGCCAGGAGUGUUGAGAUUCCUGCUUUGCCUGGGGUUGGACUAGAUGCCCCUCGGGGUCCCUUCCACCUCUACAAUGCUAUGAUUCUAUGACCUGGGAGCCUGGCGCUGCCCUCCAGAUCUUUGUCUCAACCUUGAAACUCUCCUUUGGCCAAACCUGACAACCCUCACUGGCCCUGCUGAAAUGCUUCCUGCAUGUUUUGAUGGAAGGUGUAUGGGUGUGUUUAGAAACCAGAUUACAGUGCUACCUCUGGUUGCGAACCCGAUCCGUUCCGGAGGUCCGGCUGCAUCCCGAGGAAUUCGCAACUGGAGGACCGCUUCUGCGCAUGCAUGUGGCGUGGUUUAGCGUCUCUGCGCAUGUGCGCGGCACAUAGAGUGCUUCUGCACAUGCGCGCUUGGCAAAACCCAGAAAAAUACUUCCGGGGUUUGCCACAUUCGCAUCCCGAAGUUUCCGUAUCCAGAGGGAUACAUAAGCGGAGGUACGACUGUAUUGUACAAUGGUAAAAUUUGCUUUAGUUGCUCCACCCACUUUUGCCUCUGGUCCGCCCACCACUACUAUCUGGCCCUCAGAAGCCUACCCAAAAGCGAAUGCGGCCCUCGGGGUGAAAAGGGUUUCCUAUCCCGGAUCUAAACAAUUGGCCGCCAUCCACAACAUGGUAAAACAUGUGUUUAUUUGGGUAACCAAUUCUUAUCUCUUUGUGCCUCCCCAUCCUCUUCUGGCAUCCAUCUGUCUCUGGAGACAAUGGAGAAGUGUGCCUUUGGGGGUGAGGUCAAACUGUUGGAGAUUUACAGCGCCUGCUGUGGCUGUAGAGACUGAUACGGGAGAGACAUGUUUUGUUGCAGCUGGGGCAGAGGGAGGGGUCUGCUUGUGCUGCUGCAGAUGCACGAGGGCAUUUCUUCUCUCUGCGCUCCUCCCAGCAGUCAUUCCUCCUCUGGCCACUGCUGUGGAUGCACAACUUGACUGCCUCAGAUCUUUAAUGUGGGCUUUGGGGAGGGCAUAAAACCCCUUGACUUGUGUGAGAGAGGCAGAUGUAAUUCCAUCUUCCCUGGAGGUGUAAAAAUACAGCUAACCUUAGCCUUCAGUUCACCAGCCGUGUGACUUUGGUCUUUGGUUCAUGCACUUGACACUGGGAGGUGAAUGAGCACCCUCUGAUGCAAAAUCCAUAGGUUUAAUUCUUGCCCAUGCGGCUUGGAAUGCAACGGCUGUGCUUGAUGUUACACCUCACCAUUCAAAAGGCCACAGGGUUGCUUUGGUGCAAGGCCUGUUCAGACAUAGCCUGAGCAUCUUUCCCUGUGCAGCGCAUGGCUGCAGCAUGAAAGUGGUGAUGCCAUGCAUAUGUGAAUUGCAGAUCUUAGGGCAAUCGUGUCGGACAGCUCCUUGUUUUCUCCAGUGCAUCUGUUCACACAGACAAGGGACGGGCAUGUGUGCACAAGCUGUUCCCUGCCCUCUCUCUGUGUUUAAGUGGGCUCCAUCAAAAACCUUCCACUGGAGGCGAUGGGAGGAAAUGCCUUUCACCCUCAGUGGUCCACUCAUAUAUACAGAUCAUCCCUUGUUGCUCUCCAUCACCUCGCUCCUCCUCCUUACUGAGUUCUGUGUGCUUUGCUUCUUCCAGGUACCUUUACCAUCCUCCUUACAGAGUUGGUCGUGGGCGUUUUCCUGCAAGUCCUGGGCCUUCCCUUUGUUGCAGUCUCCCAAGUGUCGCUCUUUUCUAAAGUCACGGCCGAGAGAACGCAAGGUAAGGCUGUGUCUCAAAUUUUAAAGUUCGGAGUAGAGUACAGUGGACGCUUGGGUUGCGAACGUGAUCCAUGCGGGAGGCACAUUCGCAACCCACAGCGCAGCGUCUGCGCACGUGCAGGUUGCGAUUCGGCGCUUCUGUGCAUGCGCAAAGUGCAAUUUAGCAUUUCUGCGUAUGCGUGAGUACUGAAACCCAGAAGUAACCCGUUCUAGUACUUCCGGGUUUCGGCGAGUCCGUAACCCGAAAACGCGCAACCUGAAGCGUCUGUAACCUGAGGUCUGACUGUAAUUUCUUUGGAAGACAAUAAGCGGGCAUCCGCCCAACAUGACCAGUCCAACAAGCGAGGUGUGUUAGAACUGUGUCACUUCAGGCUGUAGGUGGGGAUGCCACUGUUUUUAAAGCUUGUGUGUGUGUGUAGUUAGAAAACAAAUACUGCAUGAAGGAAGCAAUAAUGGACCAAGAUAACUGGGAAUAGAAUCUCACCCUAUUAAUCUAAUUUUAUAGCUUGCAGGGAGUGUUCAGAACUGGCAUUCUCUUCCUUCAGCCUGAAGUAAUGCAGUCCCAAGCUGACACCUCAAGGCUCUACUCAUGUUCUGCUGCAUGUUUGUAUUGAGCCAUGUGCACACCUGUGUACACAUUGAUGUGUACUUCUAGUCUUGCAUCAUCUACUUUGAAAGAAGAUUUAUCUGUGCGUGGUUCUCCACGCCUUCCUACAAGGGUAGCCACACACUCUUUGUGCAGGAGAAGGAAUCUUUCAGUGCUCAGAGCACUGAAUAGUUACAGGAUCGUCAUGGUUUUUUGGGGGUGGGGAGAAAGGAACUAUUCCUUAAAUUCUAGCAUUCAGUGGCUAAAUAGUUCCAAUGUUGUUUUAUGUCAUGGGUGGGUCCUCUGGUCUAGAGUGGUGCUAGAGCUCCCCCCUUGAUCUACCUUAACUGCUAUGCACCAGAAUUGCAAUUCCUGCAUUGUGGGGGGCUUGGGCUAGAUGGCCCUUGUGACCCUCCUGAUAGCUGUCUGGACAGGUAGCAUCAAAGCAGAACUCUGCCGGUGCAGGGACACAACCACCUGCUCGCUGAAAGCUUCGUAUUGUGUUUAAAGCCAUCUCGGGGAUAGAUUGGUCCAGGUGAACUAUCUCAAAAGGUCCAGUAUCUCUCCCUCUGGCGUGGCUACCAGAGGGCAGAGUGUCUUAUUUCUAUCAGGAUUUCAGUUUCCCAGGCUAGUAUUCGCUUCCUGAUCAGGCUGCGCUUUCCUGGGUCCAGUUACUGUGUGCGGCAUUUGCCCUCUCCAGCCCUUGUUUGCAAGGCUUGUUUGUUGACUGGUGUUGGAUUGCUCUGUGGCCUGAUUUCCCUUUUUUCUUUAAAAAGAAAAAUGUUCUGCCUCUCGACACCUCCCACUCCUGAGAGCAGCAAAGCAUUGUUGCAACAUCCUUCCAGGCUUGGGAGAAUGACUCACCUGGGUUUGCUCUGUCUGCCUCGCUGUGCGCUUGUUGGCUUGUCAAGUAACGGAAGUGAAAUUGCAGUUCUGUCUUUGCCACUGCUUGCGGUUGGUUGACAUGGAGAGUUGACUGAGGCACAGCAGGCUGAAGGAGCAGCCAGGACUUUAGAUGAAGCAAACACACAACCCAAAUGGAAUUUGUAACAAAGAACGGGCACUCGAGCUCAUUUCCUCCUCCUCCUCCUGUCUAUUUUCCUUUUGUGCUGUGUCUUUUUAUUGUAAGCCUGAUGACAGGGAAUGAUUUGCUCAAAAAAAAAAUUCCUUAUCAAACCAAGUCUGUCUUUUAAACUUUUUGUUUUUUUAUCACACUAGUUGUGGUCAUCAGUGGGCGCAUUCGGUUGAUUAUGUUCUCAUAAAGUUUUCUGUUUCUAUAACGUUUCCCCCUUUAAUAAAGCAAAUUCAUGGGAAUCCAGGAUCUGAAUCAUUUUUUCUUGGACCUGUGCAUUCCAUUUUAACCUUCUGUUUCCAAGUAUCAGAUAGUUCGUUUCGUCCAAUAAUUUAGGAAAGGCAGGAGAAACGAAUGAUGUCAGAGAUAACUCAAGUGGAAAGUGGUCACUUUCAGCUCUGGGAAUUAUCCUGAAGUAUCUCUGUUAAUUGGCACAUUAUUAGAUGUUAGGAUAUAAUCUAUGGUGCUAGUAAAUCCUCUGGGGGAGAUAAAAGUAAAAUAACCCUCUUGAUCCCCUUGACCAUAACAAAAGGUUAUGCUUAAUUAUAAGUUCAACAAAGAUAUUUCCCAGCACAGUUAGAGGUGGUGUCCAUUGCUGCCCUCUGACAGAUUUCAGGUUCGUCCUCCAAGUUUAGUCCAGAUAAUAUUGUAUUUUGGGGGAAAACAAGGCCGAUCUGGGCAUUGAAGCCACCUCCCAAAACAAGCCGAAGGUCUUAAAAAAAAUGGAUAUGGGAGCCUUUAGGGGCAGGGCUGAAGACACUGAUAAAUAUUCUUUAAAAUGCUUUCUUCUUCUUCCACAGGGUUCAGCCAGGGUCUCCGUCGCUCUGUAGGGGGCGUGGCCACCAUCCUUGGGCCUCUGUGGGCUGGAGGCUUGACCAACAACUUGGACAUCAUGCUGGGGGUGAUGAUGGGUCUGCUAAGUCUCCUCACGGUGAGUGCCCAGUGGCCUGGCUGUGGAACUGCAUUCUGGGGUCACAGUGAGACCUCCCUCCUUCCUCCUUCCUCCUCUCCCUCUCCCCAGCCCCACCGUGCUGACGCACUCCUCUUCUCUGGCAGAUCAUGGUGGGGCUCUCAUAUGCAUACCUGGUGGAGCCGCCCAGAAGAUACGUGUCAUCGCAAACAUCUGAAGAUGAAUGCAGCUCAUGACAGCCCCAUCGGAUGGAGGUGCUUCUGAAGGAACAGAGAAGGUCCUGCUCACCCAGGUGAGAGCACAUGUCUCCCCCACCAUCACCCCGGUCUGAUGGUUGAGCGUGUGGCUUCUCAAACUCCGGUAGCCAAAUGAGGCCUGGAGAAGCUGGCGAUGGAGUCUUCCUGCAAGGAGAUGCAGAAUGAUAAUCAUCAUAAUAAAAAAAAAUUAUUUAUAUCCUGCCCUCUCCAGCCAAAGCCGGGCUCAGAGCGGCUAACAACAAUAAAAGUAACACAGCAUUCUAAAAUCAAUUCAUUCUAAAAUCAAUUCAGAAUCAAAUCAAUGGCAACCAUAUCGGCUAGAGUUCUGUGAGGAUUACUGAAGGAGGAGGUCAGACUGUGCCUUGGCCAAAGGCCUGGUAGAACAGCUCUGUCUUGCAGGCUCUGUGGAAAGAUGUCAAGUCCCGCAGGGCCCUAGUCUCUUGUGACAGAGCGUUCCACCAGAUUGGCGCCACAACCGAAAAAGCCCUGGCUCUGGUUGAAGCCAGCCUAACUUCCCUGUGGCCUGGGACCGCCAAGAUGUUUUUGUCUGAAGACCGUAAGGUCCUCCGUGGGACAUACCAGGAGAGGCGGUCCCGUAGGUAUGAGGGUCCUAGGCUGUAUAGGGAUUUAAAGGUUAAAACCAGCACCUUAAACCUGAUCUUGUACUCCACCGGGAGCCAGUGCAGCUGGUAUAGCACCGGGUGAAUGUGAUCCCGCGACAAGGACCCCGUAAGGAGUCUUGCCGCGGCGUUCUGCACCUGCUGGAGUUUCUGGGUCAGUCUCAAGGACAGCCCCACGUAGAUUGAGGCAAUGGUGGUGGGGAUUGCUCUGGUCUUCUUUCUACCAGGCAUGUCUGCAUAGUGGUUAAAAAAAAUGUAUUAUUGAGUGUACACACACACACACACACACACACACACACACACACACAGGCCCGUACCUGGAUUUUGAUUGAAAUCAUUUUCUGGUUGUUGUGGAGGACAAGGAAGAACAUGUACAUCUUUGGUUGGGCCAGACAGAUAACUUGGUGGUGGUCCCCUUUUUUGCAAUAUGGAACAAAUGGUCACAUUUGCUAAUAUGGGGGGGGGGGAACCUCCUUUAAAAUCACAAUUCAUAAAUGCAAGAGGCUUUCCCCCUCAAUAAGUCUUAAUUGUGAUAAUUGAGGUUGUUUUGGUGCUUGAAAUUCCAUGUUUUCUUAUUGUUUUGCAUAUAAGUUGCACCAAUACGUACAUGUUGCUCUAUUUAUUAAAAUGUUUUUGCCCUGCGUCUGUCCACAUAUGAAACUUUGCCUGUGGAAUGCUACUGAAUCUGAAGCUCAGUUGCUGAAGGUGUCUACUGGUUACAAAUCAGGAGACCAAACAUAGAUGAUGUGGAACUUAGCAAGCUGCCUUAUUCAGAGUCAGACCAUUGGUCCAUGUUGAUAAGUAUUUCUCCACAUGGAUGUCUCCACCUGGAUAUGCUGGGGAUUGAACCAAAGACCUUCUGCAUGCAUGUUCUUCUGUAAGAGGCAGUCCUUUCCCAAUGAUACCUAAUGCUGUGGAGCUAGACUAUGUUAGGGUAAUUUGCAGUGUGGCGAUAUUGCAUAUUUUUGCAUUGCUAUAAUCCCAAGGUAAAGGGAAAGGACCCCUGGAUGGUUAAGCCCAGUCAAAGGGGCCUAUGGGGUUGCGACUCUCAUCUCACUUUUCAGGCCGAGGGAGCUGACAUUUGUCCACAGACAGCUUUCUGGGUCAUGUGGGCAGCAUGACUAAACCGCUUCUGGCACAAUGUGACACUGUGAUGAGUGCCAGAGCACAUGGAAAUGCAUCUACUUGCAUUGGUAUGCUUUCAAACUACUAGGUUGGCAGGAGCUGAGACAGAGCAAUGGGAGCUCACCCCAUCGCAUGGAUUUGAACCACCGAUCUUCCGACUGGCAAGCCCAAGAGGCUCAGUGGUUUAGACCACAGCGCCACCCGCGCCCCUGCUAUAAUCCCAGUGGGGUAGAGAGGAGAGGGAGGAAGCACAGCUGCUCUGUUUUUGGUGGCACCUAUAGUUCUGUCCCUAAACAACUUAAAUUCAUAGGAGCCAGGGAUGGGGGAGGAAUUCAGUUUGGUUCACAUUCUAAUGUGAACCUGCCUAACAGCAGCAUCUUGGGUGGUUGUCACUGAGCGAAAAUACAUCAUGUCCCCAUAUGUGCUAACACAUUAACAGUAAGGAGCCACAGUCUGAAGGCUGAGGUUAGCAAGACAAGAUGCAGAUGAGCAAACAGAGCAACGAGGGGCUUAGGUUCUUGUUCCAGUUGGAGAAGAGGGGGAAGGCUUCAUUCGUUCAGGGUGGUUGAAACAUUAAAAGGAAGAAUUCCUCCAAACUGGGCUGAACGAGCAGCAGAAUGGCAACUGCAGUUCCAUGUGAGCAGGUGCACAAAUUCCUUAUGACAUUUACGUGUUAAUAAAGUUGGAACUAGUAGUGGCUGACCAGCAGUGGGACAUUGGGAUCAUAGUGAAGAAGUUGACCCUCAGAUGUUCUAAUAUGGAGUAUGGGAAGAAGAGACUUGUGUCCCCCAAGGAGCCUGGUCUGCCUCAUUCCUGCUUCUGUCCUUUUCCUGCAGGUGUCUCUUUGACUGGUGCUGGGCACCCCUGGCUGGAUCCCGGUUCCAUGUUACUGCUCUCCUGCUGGGAUGGGGAGUGGGAAAGAACUUGCCUCCACCCAUUGAGCAAAUAGCAGCUCAGCCACCAACUUGUGCUAUUUCACGUUCCUCCUUCUGGCCAGCUCUCCUGUCACCCACCACCUGGCUGAGGACUCUGCACCAUGCUGCCACCUAAGAGCAAAGAGUGCCAUCUCCUUCCAUGGCAUUCCUCAUUUCUUAGCCUGAACGGGGCCUGGCAAGCCAUGGAACCGGAUUCGUGUUUGGAUCUGGACUGCUGUCUCUAUGUGGCCACUUCCAGUUUCUUAAGGCCCCUCUUCACCUGGGGUCCGUGGGCACUAUAUUAAAGCUUGCUUCAUUCCAGGGAUGGGGAACCUGCUGCCCUCCAGCCAUUGCUGGACUCCAGUGCCCAUCAGUCCCAGCCAGCGAGGCCAGUGGGUGGUCAUGGAUGAUGGGAGUUCUAGCGUGGCAGUAUCUAGGGGGUCACAGGUUUUUCAUCCCUGCUGGAAGUCUUUGCAUCUCUUGGCGCUGCCCUCUCCCUCCCUUCUUCCCUGCCCCUUCCUGUAGUUGUUGCCACCAAAUGGCGCGUGGCAUUGUUUCCUUGCAAUAUCACACAUGCGGGCAGUGGGCAAUGGGGUCAGCUGCCCUGCUUGCAAGGUGUGACCCUGGGCCUGUUUGGCGAGAGGCACCGGAGCGUAACUGAGAAUCAUUCUGCAUCCUGGAGGUUUGGGCUGCGUUCAAACAGCGACCCUGAGCACAGACUUGCAAGUUAAUCUGUCGGUGCUGCCAUUUAGGGACUGAGCUGCGUCUUGGAGGGUGGGUCAACACUGGGCAGCUGUCCGAGUAGCAGGUGUGGCUGUCAUUUCCAUCGGAUAAGGAUUUGGUGUCAGGGGAGUGCUGAACCCCGUGGCUCUCCAACCCCUGCUACUCAGAACCACAUAUCCCUCGCCCCAGCUCCAAAGUUAGAAAUGAGCCCUGGGUUUCGGGGUGGGGUUUGAAAUGUCUUCUGGGAGGGGCUACAGGGGAAAAGCAAUGGCUAGAGGCAAAAUUCAGGGCCGCCCCUCCAACUUCACUGUUUCCCUUACUGCAGUAGAUCCAGACCGUAAGAAUGCAUAAAUACUAAUCCGUUAGUACUUCAGUCAUUAUUUAUUUAGACACUUGAUAUAUGCCUUAUAUUUUAGAAAACCAACCAACCGCUUACACUUCCUCCUCCCUUCCUGCUUGUUAUUUUUGUGAUGACCUUUGGUUAGCCACACAACCACACUGCUGCAAUAAUUAAUCCCACUGAAAAUGGUCACUAGGAAAUUUGCACGCUCAGACUUGCAUUUGUUUGAAGCAUUUUUAGUUCACUCUUCGAAUGAAAAAGGUCACCCGGAGUGGGUUAUGGAGAAUAACCUUCCCUGCUCUCAAGGUUGCAAUCUUAAAAACAUGACACCAAAGGAAAACGAUUUCUUUUUCUUGUAUGGGGAGGGGUGGGAGGAAAGACUCAAACUCAGCUUAGUUUACAAAGUUCUAAAAAUGGCCUGCUGGAAUGGAAGCGGCUCAAGGAGAGGCAGAGCUGAUGGAGUGACACUGCUUCUUUUCCUUCUGCUUCUAUGAGCUCAAUCAUAGAAUUGUAGAAUUAUAGAGGUGGAAGGGACCCCGAGGGUCAUCCAGUCUGACCCCUUGCUGUGCAGGGAUAGCUGCUUCCAGGAGACAGUUGAGAGAGGGAAGAUCGAAUGGAGCUGACUUCUCAGGAAAGGGCAAACCAAAUGACUAAGGAGAAUAGCAGUUCCCCUAGGAGGGAAGGAUACAACAGGUGCAGCUUCUUAGUUUAGAGCAGUGGUUUUCAACCAGUGGGCCGCGGCACCCUGGGGUGCCUUGGAUGAUGGUCAGGGUGCUGUGGACAACACUGGCCUCUGUCCUCCUUUCAUUCCCUCCCUCGUCUGAUGCCUCCUUGCAUCUCUGCCUCUCAAAGACUUGUACAGCUGUUUGUUGCAGCAGCCCUGGCUACAAGCUCUGCAGGUGAAUGAUGCCUCGGGGACUGCUGGUUGCCAGGAGCUGACGCGGCCUUGGGAUAAGCAAGGAAAUGGGGGAUGUAGCCUAGCCAGCCAGUCCACCAGCCUUUGCUGUUGGGAAUGGACGGACGAGCCCCAGGCCCCUGUGGGGCAGUGUGAAGAGGCACCUCUCUUUGGGGCAGGAGGUGGGACAGCUCAGAGACUGGGGGCUGUAGCAACGGCUGCCAGAGGACACCCAAGGAGAGGGGAGAGGAGGCUGAGGGAACACUCCACAAGGGAGGAUGUUUGAAAAAGGGUGAGAGGCUCCCAGCUCUGCAGGCAAGGGGUGACAUAACUGGGCUCCUGAGCCCCCCAGGGGUGUCACAGAAAGAAUGUAGUUGGUCAGGGGAGCCAUGGACUCAAAAAGCUGGAAAACCUCUGGUUUGGAGAAAAGACCCACAAGAGACGACAUAGUAGAGGUUUAUGAAGUUAUGUGUGGCAUGGAGAAAGUUUUUCUGCUCUCAUAACGCCUGAACUCGUGGACAUACAGUUGGUAGCCUGCAAUUGUUGUUGUUAUUAUUUGACUGCCUGCUGAGUAGCCUGAAUUUUCAUGCUGGACUUGGAAGGGGGACGCCUCAUCCAUAGCCUGCAUCAAAAUGCAAGCUGUGAGCCUAUCAGGCCAUUUUAAAUAAAAGUAUUUUACCAAGUGGGCUGGUGGGUGAAGGUCUGAUGAUGCCACUCCUCUAUCAUUUGCUUCAUUUCUGUGCUGGCCAGCAGCUCCUCUGGGUGGCACAUAAAUCAAGCAGGUCAAUGAAGGAGUAGUUCAAUCUGUCCAUCCCCCACCAGCCUAUUCACUCACCUGCAUGGAGUCCCCAGUCAAUUAUGGCAACCAGGUGAGUUGCGAAAUGCAAAGCUCCCUUCCAGCGUAUCAUCACGUUUGUCAAGUGUGAGCCGUGUGAGAAGCAGCGGCCCUGAAGGAGAGAUGUCCCAUGCAAUAUCACUGUGCCACGUGGUAUCUAUGAACAUGAUGGUGCUCGUCGUGUAACACUAUUUUCCCUACAUGGAGGUGGGUCUGGGCAGCUUUUGAAAUGGCUUCUCCGAUAACAAUUCCCCACCGUGCAAAUAAAAAUGGCUUGCACCAUGUGGCAGAGGGAGAGGGAGAGUGUUCAUGCACUUCACACAAGCAGUCCGACAUGUGGCGAUGCUUCUCUGCGCUUGGGGUUCAAGUGACGACCGCCCGGCAGGCUCUGUGCCCAGAUAAGUCCUUUAAAGAUGCCAACACAGGAUUCCAUCCCAACAGUCUUUCCAUGUGUCUCAGUUUCUUGCGUUUGUCUCUCUCUCUUGGAUUUCUGUACGAACAACAAAAAUAAACUGACACCCUACUG